GCGAACAUUGACGAAAACGUUCGAUAGACGAGCAUAAGGCUCACAUUAGAGGAUUACAACCAAGUCAAAAGAAAAGUAUCCCAGAGGUCUCUCUAUUCGCACACUGUUGUUCAGUGCACAGAAGUCUUCAACAAGAAGCUUUCUGUUGACCUCAAAAAAUGAAUUCUAAGCACACAGGAGUUUUAUUGAUUUCUUGUUCAAGUUUGAGGUCUGCUGUUUUACGUUUGGUUGCCUAGGCUUUAUCGAUUUCGUUUUAUGUUAAAGAUUUUAUGUCAGCAAAGUGAAAAAGACGUUGCCGGUAUUAUUAUCGUAUAUUAUAGAGUUAUGGAUUACGACAUGUGUAGAAUUGACUACUUUAUAAGCGGAAUCACAUAUCCUGACACUCUAAAAAUUUUACCAUCUCAAGGACAGAAACUGGAACAGAAGGUCGUAGUUGGGGAUAAAACCGGAGUUCUGCAAUGUUUGACCAUAAGAGACGAAGAACCAGUCAUUCAAUUUAAGACAUUGCCAGGCAAACCAAUUACCGCCGUACAAUUGACUUCUACAAACGGUACGCAACCAGACAAAAUAUUUGCAGCAUCGGGUAAUGAGGUUAAAGGUUACACCAAAAAAGGCAAAGUAUUUUUCUCUAUUGAGACAGCAUUGUCGGAGCCUGUGACAUCUAUUUUGUAUGUUUCUAGGUGUGUUUUCGGUGGUGAUCUCAUACUAUGCAGUGGACGGACCAUCACAUUUUAUCGUGAUUCGAAGGAACAUCAGUCAUAUGUUUGUAAAGAUAGAGUUUUGGAUAUGGCAGCCUUUAUUACACCGAAUAAUGCUAAGGUGCGACUGCUUCUUUUGAUUGCACAUAAAGGCGCGGGCAUAUUAGAGAAUGGACAUCUGGUAGCUCACAUAGCUAUAUCUUCUGGUCCCUCUCGAUUAGCGACACCGCCUGUUGCUCAAGUUGCAGAAAUUAAAUGUUUCUAUGGUGCGGCCGAUGGUUCUGUGGGUAUUAUUACCUAUGAAGAAACGACACUUUCAAACAAUUGUCUUGUAGAAGGCCGAGGCCUAGGUUCUGUAGUGUGCCUUGGAUGGUUUUAUUCUAAUGCAAAUCUCCACCUCGCUGUAGGGCGAAACGAUGGAUCUGUUCAGCUAUAUCUCAUAGACGUUGAGAAUCUGCAUCUCAAACCAAGACUCAAAUUUACAUAUUUUUCUGGCGAACCUGUCACGUCGGUUGUUGGUGGAUGUGUAGGUACGGAUGAAGGAGAAUUACUAGUUGCAACUUUCUCAGGCCGAAUAUUCGCACUAAGGUCAAAGUUCCUUAUUGCUGGUUCGGUUACAAAAGCCUCUCAUGAAAAUCUAGCAGCGCGACGAUCAAAAUUGGAAAUUGAAAUUGUUCGAUUAGAAAAACAAACUGCCAAUGAAAGAGAAAAAUAUCAAAGGAAUUCGAGAUCAUUACAGGCAGGACUUUCAACACCACCUCUUCUUGAUAUUGAGCACAAGAUGUCAGGAGCGACACGAGAGGGUUGGCAAGAGGUUGAUAUAACAUUAGCAGUACCAUUGGACAUGUUGUUCAUUUAUUGUAGUAAGAAACUAAAAUUGCUGACUGACAGCGCUGCCGUCCUCAGCGUGUGCUCAUCGCAGGAUUCGGCGUCCGAUUUGUUAGCAACUGUAAGAUGUCAAGCAGGUACGAGGCGUAUUUGGCUCCGUUUGCGUGUUGCAUCAACUAAUUCAACGGUUUUAGAGUCCACACGCGUAUUAAUAUACGCAUUACCGACAGGCGCGCCAAGAGUUGCAAGACUUUUAUCAAUAAAGCUACCAGCAUUGCCGUACUAUUCACAGCACGAGGAAUUUGAUGAAAAUAAUGAUCACAGCAUAAAGUCUUGGUGUCAACUCCACGUAACGGGUGGUUUUUCCGUUGCUGAAAUGACUUUCUGGCUAUCAGAUAUUUUACCCGGUGAUUUACCGAGGCCUGCGUCAAAUGUGGCUUUUUUACGUGUUCAUUCUCUUUUGGGAACGAAAUUAUAUUGCCAGUAUCAACGAGGUUCAGCUGUAUUUAAGUCAAACAAUAUUUCUACUGUAUCAUCUGUGAGAAGUAUUAUAUCAAAUUGUUCAAUAGACAAAAGAAUAAGAGUGGAAAUAUCGUGCGUGUCCUGACUGAAGAGUUUUCGGUACUUUAACCGAAAUUUUCGGCUAAACUUUCCUUUACGGUUCGUCGAUUUUGGGUCAGGGUGGAGGUGAGGGGAGGCAGGGGGUAAGGGUUUACCCCCUGCACCAUUCCCACCCCGCGGAACCCCAUGGUUAUGAAGAUAUCCACGGUUAAUUUUUUUGAUUAAAAUUGCAUUAUAUUUUAGUCAAACUCGAAGGGAGCUUAAGUUUGAAUCCGCCUUAUCUCCGGCGCUGCGGGAAGAGCAGCCCUUCCGCCCUUGCGUGCCGAAGCACGGUCACACGUGCUCCGCUUCGCAGCUUCGCUCAGUCGCUCCGCCUCACACUGUUUCCGUGCUCCGUCACAGCGGGCGAGGACUGCUCUCCCUCCGCGCCUCCGUUUUUUUAUAUACACUCUAGGGGUAGGGCAGACAAGACCAGGUGAAAAGUGUGGUGCUCUGAUUCGCUUUUCCAUAUUUUUCGAGUUGUCCACACUUACUAACCAUUAAAUUUUUGCCGCGGUGGCGUUAAUACUUAAGUACCGAGUUUUCUAUGAUUUCAGUAGUUAAAUAAUAUAAAUUACAUUCAUUCCAGGCUGCGGGUGGUUAAUCUUUAAUAUAGAAUAUUAUGAAACAUUUCAGAUAUUCCUGAUGAUUGUUGUUUGAAAUCAUUCAAAUUGAUUGAAAACAUCAUUAGUAUUGCAUAUGAAAAGAAAAACCAAGUUACUCUGGCGAAGGCUUUAGAUUUACUAGAACUGGA